AUGUCCCCUCAGCUGGACUCGCUGCCCUUCGAUGUGUUCUAUCAGAUCGCGAACUCGCUGGACGACUGCGAUGCCAUCAGCUUGAGUCGCACGAACCGCUCUCUCCAUUCUCUGAUGGACAGCGACCUAAUUGCGCGCAAAACUGUCGAGAAUAUCUUGCGUUACAGCAAAGAAGGCCAGUCUGCUCUGGCGGCUCAAUCCGGCUACCGCAAGGCCGUCGGGCAUCGGGUGGCCAUCCAUGAGGCGGUGGCCACUGCCGCCCCGUAUGCCGUGUCCGUCUUGGCUUAUGGGGCCGAUUUUCUCUACCAUCAAGGCUAUCUAUGCUAUCGAGUCGGGCAAGAAAUUCGGCUGCUGGACGUGCACCACGGGCGCCGCGUCGAGCGCGUCCUGAAUCUCUGCGAGGUCCACCCCCGUCUUCUGGACGGUCAGCCGGGCACGGACCAGAAGGUCCGCGUGUCUCUCCUCCAUUACGCGGACGACAUCCUGGUGUUCCGCGUGUCGGGACUGACCCAUGAUGACUCGCUGCUUGCUAUCGACAUGGAGCCGCGCUCCGACCAUCUCCGCCGGCGCCGUUUGCUCCUUCAGCGCUCCUUGCCGGCUGCGGCGCCCAUUUUUGUGCGCCAUAGCCGCUCCUACAUCUGGUACGGCACUUUUACUGCCGUCGAUGGCUCCGAUGGCGUAUGGUCUGUCUGUGGCGUAGAUCUGGCAACUAUGCAGUCAAUCGAGUUUCCCCUGGACCGCGUCGUUGAUGGUGAUCUGGGUCAGACCCUCUGCUUCGAAAUGCACCAGGACCACUUGUAUGCAGUCUCGACCCAGGUCGCGUCAGACGAAGACGAGGAGCUCUCCUCAUUCUACCAUUGGCUCUGCCACGCGCCGCGUCAUCGCAGCCAGAAGUGGAGCGGCCGCCUCUGGCGCCGCGAGCACCGCGAAGGCCCCAUCAAUGAGAUGUGGACCGAUCUCUCCAUUCGCACCGACGAGGCCACCGGCCGCCCCGUCAUUCUGGAGUGUCGACGUGAAUGGCGUCAUGGCAGGAGUGAAAAUCACCGCACUUACUACACCCAGCCGCUGCCUGUGCCGCAAGAGGCCUGGGCAGCACCUUCGGACGCUGUGGGAAACUGUCCGCCUCGAGAACAGGUGAAUCACAACCCCAAGGAUAGUGUCGCGGCUCGCCGGCCCUAUGACCAGUGGCCCGAGAAACGCCUGCGUCGCCAUUACCACGCCGAGUACGAGCCGGGCGCCGACACCGCACCGCGGCAGGAAUUCAUUGCCGCGCGUACCAAGCACCGCAACUACCAUCUCGCCGCCUCGACCUUUCUAGAUCUGGUCAACGACCCCGCCCCUCACGCCGACGGUGUGCGUUCUCACGAUCGCCUGCGCCUGCGGACAGUCUCCCGGAAGCGCAAGUGUCCGAUCGACGAAGAAGGUGCCGAAGGACCGCGCGGCUUGCUCUUCCAACCGACGCAGUUUGGUUCAGACGGUCGUCCGGUCGAAGGUUCUGAAGAGCGCUUUGAUUCUCGCGGCGUGUGUCUAUGGCCUCCGGAUGAUGCUCCCCCGGCUCUCCAUCAUCUGCUCUGUCCUGAUUCCCGCACCGCCUCCAUCUGUGCCGUCUCUGACGAGCGCUCGCUCAUAUAUUCUGUCCCAUCACCGGGUGUGCCUAAAGACCAUCAAGCUCUUAUACUUAUCAGCUUUGAUCCCUCCCUCCACCUGCCCACCCUCAAUUCCCUUUCUUCCCUCGAUACGGCGAACGAGCCUCCAUCUCCUCCGACCCCGCCGCCUCCAUAUACCUUCUCUCGCGACGUUGUGCGUGAAGCACCGGCCUAUUACCUUACCAUCCAACACGGAUACAGGCUACGCUGA